AUGUAUGCGGAAGACGUUGAAAAGCUUGUGAACAACCGACUUCGAGACUUAAAGAUUGGCGGAAAUUUCGAAGAUGCACUACGUGUUGAGGUGUUUGCAAUGACUUUGCAAAGAGCAGCUCAGGAUUGGUUUCAUACCCUGCCAUCCGGGUCGAUCAGCAGCUUCAAGGAGCUGGCUUACGUCUUCACUAAAGAAUACACUUCUUAUCGGACGAUCAAGAAGAACCCUGAUCAUCUGUUCAAUCUACUCAAGAAGCCCAAUGAAUCCAUUCGAGAUUACAUCAAGAGGUUCAAAGCAGAAAAGGCCAACAUCGUAGGGUGCGAUGACCAAAUCACAUCCUCUGUAUUCAAGAAAGGUCUUCCAGCAAAACAUGAGUUAUACCGCGAGCUGACUAUCACUCCCAGCUAG